AUGGUGAAAGAACGAAAAACACUUGAAAAAACAGGUCGUUGCUUCUAUCGGAAAUCGCCGUGUAUCGAAUGGACAGGCGAAUGGGUAGACGAUAACUGGUUGAUAGGUGUUGUGACGUGGUUAGCGGACGGUACGUUUAUUGGCAGAUGGAACCAUAUUAAUUCAACUUUUGUCAGAGAUAACGGCGAUGAUUAUUGCGGAGAGUUAUCAUUUGAUGGUAUUGCACAUGGUUACGGUGUGAUGAAUUAUAUAAAUGGGAGUUGCUACCGAGGCAUGUGGCGAGAAGGUUGGAGAUGGGGACUAGGAAUACUGACGUAUCCAGAUGGCUGUAAAUAUGAGAGUGAAUGGACAGCUGGAUCAUUGUACGUGAACAAUUUAUUGAUCCGUCAUGGAGCAAAUGUGAAUCAUUGUAUCUUAUCAAAAUCGACACCGAUGCGCGUAGCAUGUUACAAUGGCCGAAUAGAUAUUGUUAAAUAUUUGGUUGACAAUGGUGGCGACAUCAAACUUGUGAACGCUUAUGAUAGCACGUGCUUAAUGAUCGCAGCCUAUCGUGGACACACAGAAUUAUGCCGUUACCUUCUGGGUAUAGGAGCUGAAAUAAAUGCAAAAGAUAAGGAAGGUUCAACGCCAUUACAUUAUGCUUGCGAGACAAAUAAUCUCGAUUUAGUAAAAUUGCUGAUCAACAGUGGAGCCGUUAAUUCGAAAAACCUAAAUGGUGUAACACCAUUGCACAUUGCUGCCUCGGAGCCUCGACCAUCGAUCGUCGAAUAUUUUGUUAAUAAAUCAGAUUAUUGUUCUAAAAUAGAACAAGUUGAGGCUCUUGAACUACAGGCUGCUUCAUAUUGCAAUCACACCACUGCAACUUAUGAUAUCUCAAAAGUAUAUGAAUAUCUAUUCCAGGCUAUGCAAUUGAGACAUGCAGAUCCUGAACAACCAAUCUUAAAAGCGUAUCAGCAGCCAUUACCAAUUUUUAACAAUCAGCUCGAAUGUCAAACGCUGGAAGAAUUAGAAAAGAUUCGUUUCAGUAAUGAUACCCUUCACAUAGAAACUCUACUUGUACUUCAAAGAAUAUUAGGUACUACAAAUUCAACGGCACUCGAUUCAAUAAUGUAUAGAGGAGUGAUAUUUGCGCGAGAAAAAAGAUACGAACAUUCGCUCUUGUUUUCGUUAUAUGUAAUGGAAAUAAGAAAAUCAAUUGGAGAAUCACUUCAGUUACUAUUAAGUUCGGUAGUUAAUGUUUUUUCCGACAUGAUGAUGCAUAAAGUUGACAUACCCUGUGAUACAUUGAUUCGUGCAAUGAAAUAUGCUAUUGAAGAAUUAAUGGAAAACGAGUUGUCAUCUUUCAACAGCAGUUUUGAAUCAACAUUACAUUUGAUUGUUAUAAUUUCAAAGGUAGGUGCAACUGCUGUACUUCUAACUGAAACUGGAGUUGAUGUGAAUGCAACUGAUAUGCAGCGAAAUACACCAUUGCACGUAAUAAGUUCAAGUCGACAUGCGGAUAUAACUGAUAUUACUGUUAUCAUUAAUUCAUUAGUUGCAUAUGGAGCUCAUAUAGAUACACUGAAUAAUCUGGGAAUGACACCAAUAGAAUGUAUCGAUACGACGCGGUCUGAUAUUAGAACAUUAUUAAAAAGUCAAACAAAGCUGUCGCUAAAAUGUAUAAGUGCAAGAAUAAUAGUAGAAUACAAGAUCGAAUACGAUAGUCACGUAUCGAAAGCUCUGGCCGAGUUUAUUCAACAUCACUCUUGA